AUGAAAAAGAAUUAUUGUCUAUUCAAAAUAAUCGCCUUGAAAUUCAGGAAUUCAGAAACUUCGUCAAAAAAUUGUACCCCCCGAAUCACAAACGUUGUACCCCUACAUGAAAUAAGUUGUACCCACGAAUUUUGUACCCCCGAAUCACCAAUUUUGUACCCCUAA